GUGACCCCGCCUUGGCGGCGCGGCCCCGGGCACUCGGCCGGGCUCUGCGGGCGGCGGCGGGCGCGGGCGGCACGGCAGCGAGCAUGGAGCUGUACCUGGGCGAGUACCGGCACGUGCGGCGGGAGUGCGGCGUGCACCUGCGGCCGCUGAAGGCGGGCUCCUACGGGGUCAGCAUCCGCGUGCAGGGCAUCGACGGGCACCCCUACAUCGUGCUCAACAACGCCCGCCGCGCCUCCGAGCCUGCGCCCCCCGCGCCCGACGCGCCCCGCGAGGAGGGGCUGCCGCUCCCGGAGAACCCCUACGCCGACCCUCGCCCCGGCGGGCCCCCGGCGGAGCCCCCCGCCCCCGAGGGCAGCCCUGGCCCUCCGCGCCCCGGCCCCGAGGCGCCGGCGCCCGCGGCAGAGGUGCCCUCCGCCGCCCCCGAGGCGCGGUCCCCGGCGCGCCGGCCCCGGCCCGACGUGCUCCCGCUGCGGCGCCAGGACUCGGGGCCCGCGUCGGCCGGUGCCACGACGCCUGCGGCCAGCGCGCUCUACCGCUUCCUGCUGGACCAGCCCGGCCACGUCAACCGCCACGAGAACCGCAGGUACGUCCCCUUCCUGCCGGGCACCGGCCGCGACAUUGACACGGGCCCCAUCGGCGGCGUCGAGCAGCUCAUCGAGAGGUUCGAGCCCAGGCCUGGGCCGCGCAGGGGCCGCAGUGGCAAGCGGCCCCGCCUGGCCCCCGAGGACCGCCGGCGCGCGCGCAGCGUGGACAGUGCCUUCCCCUUCGGGCUGCGCGGCAGCGCCGAGUACCUGAGCGAGUUCACGCGCCACCUGGGCAAGUCCAGCGAGCACCUGCUGCGCCCGUCGCAGGUGUGCCCGCCGCGGCCGCAGGUGCCUGAGUACCGGGCCCGGCCCCGCGCGCCCACCACCGGGCCGCCUGGCCCGCGGGCCGCCCCGCCUGGCCCCACCGGAGACCCCCAGGAGGAGGACAUCAAGACAGCUACGGCCACUCUGCUGCUGCAGAACCGCGGACUCGCCACGGCCUCUGACUUGGGGGCCAAGAAGAUUUCGCUUAAGUCCUUCUCCACAGCCUCAAGCACUCAGGUCACACCGGAUCUAUUAAAAGGUCAGCAGGAACUCACUCAGCAGAGCAAUGAAGAGACGGCCAAACAGAUACUAUACAAUUACCUCAGAGAAGGAAGCUCUGACAAUGACGAUGCUACUAAAAGGAAAGUAAACUUGAUCUUUGAGAAAAUCCAGACUUUAAAGUCUCGUGCAUCAGAGAGCACGCAAGGGAAUCAUCAGGCUUCUAAUUCUUCAUCGGAAGUCAGAGAUUUAUUGGAGCUAAAGAACAGGCUGACCACAGAAGUGGGCGACCUUCAGCGGCAGCUUCAACUAGAAGCCAAGAAUCAGCAGAACCUCAAGGAAGAAAGAGAGAGAAUGAGAAUGAAUUUGGAAGAGCUUCAGACCCAGCACGCCAGCAAGGUGGAGGAGAACUUGGCCCUGCAGCAACGCCUGGAAGCAAGUGAGGCUGAACUUCGGAAGAACCUAGAGGAGCUGUUCCAGGUGAAGAUGGAGCGAGAGCAGCACCAGACGGAGAUCAGGGACCUGCAGGACCAGCUCUCAGAGAUGCACGACGAGCUGGACAGCGCCAAGCAGUCUGAAGACAGGGAGAAGGGGGCGCUGAUCGAGGAGCUCUUGGAAGCCAAGCACACCCUCCAGGACCUGCUGCUGGCCAGGGAGGAGCUGGAGGAGCUACUGCGGCGGCGGGAGCGGGAGUUGGUGGCCCUCAAGGGGGCCCUCAAGGCAGAGGUGUCCAGCCACGACCAGGAGAUGGACAAGCUGAAGGAGCAGUACGACGCGGAGCUGCAGGCCCUGCGCGAGAGCGUGGACGAGGCCACCAAGAAUGUCGAGGUCCUGGCCAGUCGCAGCAGCGCCUCGGAGCAGAGCCAGGCGGGGGCCGAGCAGUGCAUGCGGGCGCUGCAGGAGGAGAAUGAGAGGCUGCGGGAGGAUGUGGGCGCCCUGCAGAGCAGCAUGGACCAGCUGCGUGCACAGGCGCAGGACGCCGAGGCCCGAGAAGCCAAGAGCCGAGAGGUGCUCAAGGAACGGGAGGCCGAGGCGCGGCAGCUAGAGGAGGCCCUCACGCGCUCCAGGACAGAAGAGACGGAAGCCAGGUCUGCGCGCAGGGCGCUGGAGAGUGAGCUGGAAGAGGCUCAGAGAGAGCGGAGCUGGGCCGCCCAGGAGCAGAGGCAGCUGGCGGAGACGCUCCAGGCUGAGAUGGAGCAGAAGGAGCAGUUGCGGAGACUGAAGGAGGACAUGGAGAACGAGCGGUGGCACCUGGACAAGACCAUCGAGAAGCUGCAGAAGGAGAUGGCUGACAUCGUCGAGGCUUCCCGCACAUCCACUCUGGAGCUCCAGAAGCAGCUGGAUGAGUACAAGGAGAAACAUCGCAGGGAGCUCGCAGAGGCGCAGAGGGGGCUGAAGGAGAAGACCCUGGAGGCAGAGAAGUCGCGCCUAGCAGCCUGCAGGGCGCAGGAUGAGGUGCGGCUGCUGGGGGAGGAGCUCCGUGAUGCCCAGCGGGCCCGGGACGAAGCCCUGACAAAGCAGCAGCUUCUGGAGCAGGCACUGAGGGACCUGGAGUACGAGUUGGAGGCCAAGAGUCACUUGAAGGAUGACCGGUCCCGGCUUGUCAAGCAGAUGGAGGACAAGGUGUCGCAGCUGGAGCUGGAGCUGGAGGAGGAGAGAAGCAACGCGGAUUCAUUGUCUGAGAGGGUCACCCGGAGUAGGGACCAGGUGGAGCAGGUGAGGGGCGAGCUGCUUCAGGAGAGAGCUGCGAGGCAAGACCUGGAGUGCGACAAGAUCUCCCUGGAGCGACAGAAUAAGGACCUGAAGAGCCGUAUCAUCCACCUCGAAGGCUCAUACAGGUCCAGCAAAGAGGGCCUGGUGGUGCAGAUGGAGGCCCGGGUCGCAGAGCUGGAGGACCGCCUGGAGAGUGAGGAGAGGGAGCGGGCCAGCCUCCAGCUCAGCAACCGGCGCCUGGAGCGGAAGGUGAAGGAGCUGGUGAUGCAGGUGGACGACGAGCACCUGUCGCUGACAGACCAGAAGGACCAGCUCAGCUUGCGGCUGAGAGCCAUGAAGCGCCAGGUGGAAGAGGCUGAGGAGGAGAUCGACCGACUGGAGAGCGCCAAGAAGAAGCUGCAGCGGGAGCUGGAAGAGCAGCUGGAUGCGAAUGAGCAGCUCCAGGGGCAGCUCAACACGCUGAAGAAGGACCUGAGGCUCAAGAAGCUGCCGAGCAAAGUGUUGGAGGACUCGGACGAUGACGACGACCUGAGCACCGAUGGGGGCAGCGUGUUCGAGGCCCCCCUGGGCUACGGCCUCCCCCGGGACAGUGCGGCCAGCCAGCUAUGAGUGGGCACAGGCUGCCCCCCCCCCCCUGAGUGCAGGCUGGACACAGAGGCCUGACCCCCCAGAACUGCCCCUGGCCCAGGUGUCCCCACACCUGCUCUCCCAGUAGUGCCACAGUGGAGAUGCGGCCUGCAGGGCUGGGGCUGGCCUCAGGCCUCCAGUAGGGGAACACGUCCAGCUUGCCCCUGUGCCAUCCGCAUGUCCUGGACCCCGCCCUGCCCCGCUAUGCCAGUGACUGUCACUGACCACCCGUGGGAGGGCAGCAGAGUCCAACAAGACCGACCGAGGCCUGGGGGGUCUUGCACAGCUCACACCGUCACUCCGUUAUUGCAUCUCACUGCGGGGGCCACUGGGUUUGCCGGAGGGGCCGGAGGGGUGGGGCUGGGUGCAGCAUGGCCCGUGCGCUCCAGGGCACAGGUCAGGGCUGUGUCCAGAGUGGUGAUCUCUGAACUGGC